AUGUUGCCUUCGUCUUCAGAUACUGCCGCAAUUGAAAACGCCACAAAAAUGCAGUACGAUAAAAAGGAUCUUUUAGGAAAAGGUGAAUACGGUUCAGUGUUUUUUGGUACAUUUAACGAUCAAAUGGUAGCAAUCAAACGGAUUAAGCUGGCUGGUCAAACAGUGCACCCAGCUGACAACGAGCUUAAAGCUCUUCAACAAUUAGACCAUUCGAAUGUUGUCAAACUCCUUCAUUUCGAAAGCGAUAAACAUUUCAAAUACUUUGUUUUGGAAUUUUGCGACGCAUCACUGGAUAAACUGUUCUUAAAAUCGGAUGAUCGUAGAAAAUAUAAAGGACCUAUACCACUCCCUAUCAAAAUGUUACUCCAUUUAGCUUCGGGUCUUGCCUAUAUCCAUUCCAGGGAUUUAAUUCACCGAGAUAUUAAACCGGAAAAUAUUCUGAUUUCUGUCAAAAGGACUGACCAAGGCGAACAAGCCACGUUUAAGUGGGGUGGUUUUGGAUUGUGCCAACCAGUGGAUGAACGAGGAACAUUUACAAUAAAUGAAAUUAUAGGAACUCGAUUUUGGUUAGCUCCCGAGUUGCACGAAAUUAUGAUUAGCAAUGACCUGGACGGAAAACCGGGUAUACUCAAAAGCGAUGUCUACGCAGAGGGCCUGGUCUUCGGUUGCAUUCUCUUGAAUGGAAUACAUCUCUACGGUUCAGAUGAUGAAAUUAUAACAAAUAUCAAACAGAAUAAGCCGAUUAACAUGAAGGCGAUUCAUAAUUUGCAUUGGGCACGUAGUUUGUUAAUACAAAUGUUGACCACUAAACCUACUGAGAGAAUUGCAUCACGAUAUGUCGUUACUGAACUUCAAUCCAUUGAAACGCAAGUAAGAAUCUUGUGCAAAAUAAAAAAGCUAUUAACCUCGGAUGGAAUGCUCUACAUUGGGUGUGUUCGAACAACUCAAACUCAAACUUAA